UCCAAAUGUCAUUUGAUUCGCCAACUUUACGAAUUUGUAUUUUUUAGGUUAUGUAUCGCAAAAAAUACAUUUUUAUAUAGAAAAAGGGACUUAAAUAUACCGAAAAUGAAGGUUUACACAAAUCAAAAUAACACAGCAACGUUGAAAUUACUAAUAUCCGGAAAAUUAGCCGGCAAAACACUCGUAAUACACAAGGCUACUUUGGAAGAUGACGUGUUCCCUGGUCCCCGAGUGCUGCCACUGUUGGAAGUGGAUGCUGAUCUGACAUUCUUCAGCAGCAACGCAGCCACACAGUACCUGUUCCCUGACUCAUCAGAAAAUGGACAAUGCAACCAGAUCCUGGAAUGGGAGGCAACCCGUCUGCAACCUGUGGUAGCUGCAGUACUGAUGGGCAAGUCUGUCCCAUCAGAUCUGAAGCAAGCCUUAAACUCUCUAUUGCUUGUGAUUGAAGGAAUGUUGGCUAAGAAGAAAUAUAUUAUUGGGGAUAAACUGUCAGCAGCGGACAUUUCUAUAUGGAGUACUCUAUACCCCCUCACACAUAAAGACACUCUCAAACAGAGUUACCUGAGUGAGUUUACCAACAUCACAAAAUGGGCGCAAGAGUUCGCACAAGCUGAGGCCGUUCAAGAAGCUUUAAAUCAAUGGGAGGGAACGGUGGACGGUCCGUUCAGUUCGAACUCAGCUCUUGGCGUCCCACAAAUCACCAACAUGGUCUCGCCUAUUGGGUCCCCGGAUGAAUCUCCAGAGUUAACUGUAACUCCAGAAGAAAUUGAAACAGCAAAAGAGAACCUACUGAACGGAAUUAAGAACCUCCCAGAACCACUUAAACUGGAGACACCUAUAUUGCCAGUAAAAGGUCGUAAGAAUGUUCUAAUAACAUCUGCUCUGCCGUACGUUAACAAUGUACCUCAUUUGGGAAACAUCAUUGGCUGUGUUUUGUCUGCUGAUAUAUUUUCUAGGUACUGUCGGUUAUGUAGCUAUAAUACAUUGUUUGUAUGUGGGACAGACGAAUAUGGUACAGCCACCGAAACAAAAGCGUUAGAGGAAGGUAUAACACCGCGUGAGAUCUGUGAUAAAUACUUCGCGAUCCACGACUCCGUGUAUCGCUGGUUCGAUAUUGGCUUCGACUACUUCGGCCGCACCAGCACCAAGCAGCAAACUGAAAUUGCCCAACGGAUGUUUUUAAAACUAAUGGACAAUGGUUUCGUCAGCAAUCAAUCCGUCGACCAGCUGUUUUGUGAGAACUGCCAACGAUUCUUGGCUGACAGAUUCGUAGAAGGCACCUGCCCGCAUCCAGGAUGCCUAUACGACAGUGCGCGGGGAGACCAAUGCGACAAAUGUGGGAAACUCAUAAACGCCAUAGAGCUGAUAGAGCCGCGCUGCAAAGUGUGCGCUCACAGACCCUCUGCUAGACCCAGCGACCAUCUGUUCAUCGAGUUGGGACAGUUGGAGCCGUCAAUCCGUACGUGGUUCAACAACACAGAGAGUGGGUGGUCACCGCCUGCUAGAGCUGUCACUCGCGCGUGGCUCAGGGACUCCCUGAGGGCGCGCGCUUUGACCCGAGACCUAAAAUGGGGGGUGCCCGUUCCUGUGCCUGGAUAUACUAAUAAGGUGUUCUAUGUUUGGUUCGAUGCGCCUAUCGGUUACCUCAGUAUAACGCAAUGCGCCACUCUGAACUAUGAGAAAUGGUGGAAAAGGGACAAGGAUUAUGAUAUAAAGCUAUACCAGUUCAUGGCAAAAGACAACGUCCCGUUCCAUGGGAUCAUGUUCCCUGCCACCAUUAUAGGAGUGAACGAAGGAUACGCUUUGGUGGACCAUAUAUUUGCUACAGAAUACCUAAAUUACGAGGAAGGCAAAUUCUCCAAGUCGAGAGGUGUAGGCGUAUUCGGAACAGACGCCCAGGAAACUGGUAUACCAGCGGAUGUAUGGAGGUUCUACCUGGCCAGCAUCAGACCCGAGACCUCGGAUUCCAGCUUCAGUUGGACGGAGUUGGGCACCAGAAACAAUUCGGAGCUCCUGAACAAUUUAGGCAACUUCUGUCACCGCUCGCUCAGUUUUUGCGCAAACACCUUCAAAGGCGUUGUACCCGAGAUGAGUUUAACUAACGCUGACUAUGAAGUUAUUGCGUUAGUCAACAGAGAAGUUAGCGCAUACGUGCAGCAGAUAGAAAAGGGUCGGUUACGGGAAGGGUUGCGGCACGUGCUGUCCAUAUCCCGCAUCGGCAACCAGCACAUGCAGAGCACGCAGCCCUGGGUGCUGCUCAAGGGGACCGACGAAGACAAGGUUGCCGGCGCGACGGCAAUAGCACUGUGUUGCCAGCUAGUAUCGCUACUAUGCACGUUACUAUCACCUUACAUGCCCGCUACGUGCCAACGCCUACGCGCGCAACUCAACAUCGAUGGCGAAAAGCUUAGGAUUAACCCGCAGAAUCCAUCGCUAAUCCAAUACCUACCCUCCGGUCACGUGAUCGGCAAGCCGGAACCGCUGUUCAGCAAAAUAGAACCGGAAGUGUUGGACAAACUGCGCGCCAAGUACGCGGGCACGCAGAGCGAGCGCGCCAACAAGCAAAAUGGCGAAGUAUUGCAAUCUACAACAGCUGAGUUAGAAGCCGCCAUUGCCGCUCAAGGUGAAAAAGUAAGAAACUUAAAAUCAACGACCAAAGACAAGACAAUAUGGCAACCAGAAGUAGAUAAACUACUGGCGCUAAAAAAACAAUUAACAUCACUUCCGAAACAACAAAACACAACAAGCGACAACAAAGUUAGUGUUGCAAGUGUUGUGGAAUUGGAAAAAGCUGUGGCGGAACAGGGUGAAAAAGUGCGAAAACUAAAAUCGUCGACCAAAGACAAGGCAGUAUGGCAACCGGAAGUAACCAAAUUACUGGCGCUAAAGAAACAGUUAGCGGACGCGCAGGCGCAGGCUAAGAACAGUGUUGCCAAUGUAACGAGUGACAACACUUCUACCAACUUGGAGAAAGCUAUCGCUGAACAGGGUGACAAAGUGCGGAAGCUCAAAGCGUCGACCAAGGACAAGUCGGUGUGGCAACCGGAAGUCAACAUUUUAUUGGAUCUCAAGAAACAACUUGCUGCUUUGCAAGUCAAUAAAUAAA